AUGUCUCACAUAGCUGUGGAGAGAAACAGAAGAAAGCAGAUGAACGAACAUCUCAAAGUCUUACGCUCUUUAACCCCUUGUUUCUACAUCAAAAGGGGAGACCAAGCAUCAAUCAUAGGAGGUGUGAUAGAAUUCAUCAAGGAAUUGCAUCAAGUUUUACAGUCUUUGGAAUCUAAUAAACGGAGGAAGAGCCUUAGCCCUAGCCCUAAUCCAAGCCCGAAGCCAGUAGUAUUGCCUCAGCAAUAUCCAUCUACUCCUCAACUUGAUCAAAACCCUAAUUUCAAUUUUAAUUUGGGGGUUGACAAUCACCAUCAUGUGAUCAAUAAGGAACUAGCUAUAGGAGCUUGUUGCAACUCUCCAGUGGCAGAUGUCGAAGCAAAGAUCUCGGGGUCCAAUGUGGUGUUGAAGAUAAUAUCUCGGAGAACAUCUGGUCAAAUUGCUAAGAUAAUUGGUGUGCUGGAGAGGCUUUCAUUUGAUGUCCUUCAUCUCAACAUCAGCAGCAUGGAAGACACUGUUUUAUACUCUUUUGUAAUCAAGAUAGGACUGGAGUGUCAGCUGAGCGUGGAGGAACUGGUGCUUGAAGUUCAACAAAGUUUGCGCUCAGAAAGCACUACUUGA